UUGUCUUCUCCUUUCCUAAGUUUAGUGCUUUGACUUCACCUCCAUCGUCCCUUCUUUCAUCACUGUUCACUCUGUCUUUGUGCUCAGUUUAAUCGGACUCCAUGGCUUCUACUUCCUCCACUGCUUCUCAAUCGCAGAUCCAAUAUGUAUCACAGAUCCAAAAUACAUUUGCUUUUCAUGGACUUGCUCCACAAUUUUCCAUUUCCCCUGCAUCUACUUCUGCUACAUCCUCAUCACCUCGACAAAAGCUGCCCUGCGAUGUUUUUAUUAACCAUCGUGGACCCGAUGUCAAACACAAGCUUGCCAGAGAUAUCUACAAUGCCCUCAAUGCGAUGGGUUUCAGGGUGUUUCUUGAUUCCGAGGAUCUUCAAUUGGGAGACUUCUUCCCUACAGAACUACAAGAAGCAAUUUCUCGUGCUUCUCUUCAUGUAGCAAUUUUCUCUCCCACAUAUGCACAAUCGCCUUGGUGUCUUGCAGAGCUAUCUUUUAUGCUCAAAUCUGGUACACCUAUUAUUCCCGUUUUCUACCAUGUUGCUCCUGACGAUCUCCGACACUUGGUUCAUGGAAAAGGAAUUUACGAAACUGCCUUUGUGAAGCAUCAAGAGAAGGCUAGAUACAGCGAAAAUCGGCUUAGGGAGUGGAAGAUGGCACUCCAUACCGUGUCCUUUUAUAAGGGUGAAAUCAUCGCUAAUAAUGAUGAGGAGCAAAGGGUAUUGAAGAAUAUUGUAAAUCGUGUAUUGAAAGAAAUGAAAGUAGUACCAUUAGAGGUAGCAAAACAUCCUGUGGGUCUUGAGGGAAUUGUUUCAGACUUUGAAAUGACUGCCUGUAAGUCUGCAAAACAUCUUCCUACUGUUCAAAUUGUUGGGAUAUGGGGCAUGGGUGGCUCUGGGAAAACCACUUUGGCAAAAGAAAUAUAUAACCAGAGACGUACAUCUGUAGAAAGAUCCAGUUUUGUUUUCAAUGUUAGAGAUGCCGCAGAUAAAAGGGAGUUGCAUAAGAAGCAGAUAAAACCCCUUCACGACCUUGGUUUCAAGCAUGAUUCAUUUGACAGUAUAGAAGAAGGCAAGCGGAUUCUCUCUAAUUAUUUGAGAUCUGUCCGUAUACUAAUCAUUUUGGAUGAUGUUGAUCAUACAGAUCAACUAGAGGCUUUACUACCCACAAAGGAUAGCCUUGCAUGGGGGAGUUUGAUUAUUGUCACAACACGAGAAAAGGAAGUUCUUAGAUGUUGGGGCAUCUCAUCCAUUUAUGAAAUGGAAUCAAUGAAUCGGUCUCAUGCAAAACAGCUGUUUUGUUGGCAUGCAUUCUUACAACCCAUGCCGCUGCAGGGAUUCGAGGAGCUUGUUGAAAAGUUCUUAACUGCUUGCAAUGGAUUACCUUUGUCCUUAAAAGUAUUUGGAGGCCAACUUUAUUGCUGCUUUAACAAAGAUUUAUGGGAAAGUGUAUUGCAUAAAAUUUCUAGAAUAUUACCCAGUGAUAUUAAGAACAGGUUGAAAGUGAGUUAUGAUGCUUUAGAUGAAGAAGUGAAACAGAUGUUCUUGGACAUAGCUUGUUUCUUCAUUGACAAAGAUAAGAUGACAGCCAUUGCAGUAUGGGAUGGAUCAGGGUGGAGUGGUUUGUAUGGAUGGGAAACUCUUGUGAAUAAAUAUCUUGUUAGCUUUGACAAUGACAAUAACAUAAAAAUGCAUGACCACCUAAGAGAUUUAGGAAGGGAAAUUGCAAAAAAUCAGACACCCUACCGUUUAUGGUCUCCAGUUCAGAUAAUAGGCAUUCAGAAACAAACAGAGAUUAGAGGAAUGAUAUUGGAUGCAGCAAUUAAUUAUAUUCACAAGUUUCCUCCAUGCCUUCGUUGUUUCGAAAGCACUAGAAUGCCUUCCCCUGAUGGAUUAAAAGUGUUUGUGGUAAAAGAAAACUCUCUGAAAAGCUUACAGAUUGCAAAAUUAUCAAGAGAGUUGGCAUUGCUUAGCUGUACUGAAAUUGCUUGUAAAAAUCUUCCAUCCUGGCUACCAUUGAAAAAUUUAAGAGUUUUAGAACUUUAUAAGUGCCAGAAGAUGGUAGGCUUGUGGAAGGAUUGGGUUGAAGCGCCGUUGCAGUUAAGAGUGCUGAUUAUUCAUGACUGCCCUAAUUUAGCAAGAAUUCCAAAGGCCAUAGAACUCCUUGAGAACCUGAAAAAGAUUUGCUUGCAUGACUGCAACGUUCAGAGUCUGCCAGAGGAAUUUUGCCGUCUUCAAUCGCUCGAGCACCUCGAGUUAAAAAGCUGUAAAAUGUUGUCAUCACUGCCUAGCUGUUUUGGGCAUUUGACAAACCUGCGGCAUCUAAAUUUGAGUUCUUCCAUUCAACUGAUAAUGUUGCCAGAAUCUUUUAAGCAGCUGUCGCACCUGCAGCAUCUUGAUUUAUGCUGGUGUGAGAAGCUCAGGUUACAGUCAGAUAUCCUACAGAACAUGACAAAGCUCGAGUAUUUGAAUCUUGAUUGGUGCAUGGAACUAGAAGAGUUGCCUCACCACAUAACAAACCAGGCUUCCUUAAGGGAGCUUUAUUUAAAGGGGACCAGGUUAAGGGAGCUUCCACUUAACAUUGGUCAACUCACCAAGUUGAGAGUGUUGGAGAUACAUUCCAAUGAAUGGUGUUUCCAGAUGCAAUCGUUACCAGACUCUAUGGGUAGUCUCAAUCUUUUAGAACGAUUGGAAUUAGAGAGUCUAAAAGUUGAAUCUUUACCACAGUCAUUGAAGCAAUUGACUAAUCUUCAAUUGCUCAAAAUAAUCAGAUGCCCAAUCACCGAAUUGAAGUUUGGGCGGGAGCCAUUUGCUUCAUCUUUGUGCAACCUCAAGAAAAUAUUUCUGUGGAACACGAGAGUAUCCAAAAUUUCAAUUUCUGACAGCUGCUGUCCUAGCCUUAGAAGCCUCAGGCUUAGGCAUAACGCCCAUUUAACAGAAGUGGACACUUUGCCAACAACAGUGGAGGACAUACAGGUGAUUAGCUGUAAAUUGUUAAUGAACAUAAAUGGUAUUAGUGAUGUAGUAAACCUUCGAGAGCUGAAGUUAAGUGGCUGUCCAGAGUUGACAGCGCUUCCGAGUUUUGAUAAAUUGGCUUCUCUGGAGGUAUUUAAACUGACAGGUGGCAACAAAGUUGAGAAGAUACAAGGUUUGCAAGAGUGCACAUCAUUGAAGAAGCUCCAUUGUACAUGUUGGGAGGUGCCCGGCAUAGAAAAUUUGGGACAACUCGGAAGAUUGAGAAGAUUGCAACUUAUAGCAAAGAAGAGAUCAGCUGUUGAGACUUGCAUUCAAACGAUUCAGAAUUUGCCAGAAGAAAUAAUAAUAUGUACAAAGGCAGUCCCUGGUGCGGGAUCAAUUUUAAACUCUUCAGCCUUUCCGAAUCUCUGUGUCAUUGACUCUUUUGCUAACGAGAAAUUUGGGUACUACCACUUUUUCCCCUCACUAAGAUUGCGGGAGAAUUGUUCCUCCAAUGGCAAUGCCAUGAUGCUUUGUUUGGUUAUAAACUGUGUCUCUCCUCGUAUGCCAUUGUAUAUUGACAGGCAUUGUAAUGAUAGAAUUAACAGGUGUUGUAAAACAGAGGUGGAGGAGGGUAAAUGGAUAUUGAUAGGCGUCUUCACCCAACAUUCCCGAUGCCUCACUGCACAGAAUUUCUACAUACGCGAGGGAAUUUCAGCGUAUUAUGAAGGCGAUAAUGACAUGGAAAAGGGAAUGUUUGUGAGGGGUGAUAAAGAUUCUGUGGUGGAGGCUUUCCACCGUUUAUUCACACUUUUAGGAAGUUGAUUCUGUUGCUACAAAUUA